CACAGUGAACACCUACCUCUUCAUGGUGCAGGCUCAAGGCAUCCUGCUUCGGGACAACGUGAGGACCAUCGGUGCCCAGGUGUAUGAGCAGGUGGUCCGCAGCGCCUACGCCAAGAGGAACAGCAGCCUGAAUGACUCAGAUUAUCCUCUGGACUUGAACCACAGUGAAGCCUUUCCCCCAACCACAACAUUUCUUCCUGAAGAUUUCACCUAUUUUGCCAACCACCCUUGCCCGGAGAGGCUCCCUUCCAUGAAGGGCCCGAUAGACAUAAACAUGAGUGAGAUCAGAAUGGACGAUAUUCAUGAGCUCUUCUCCAGAGACCCGGCCAUCAGGCUUGGAGGACACUGGAAGCCUGCAGACUGCAUGCCUCGGUGGAAGGUGGCCAUCCUCAUCCCUUUCCGGAACCGCCACGACUCCUUCCUGUGUCUGCCUCCCUGCAGCCUCUGUCCCUGAAGCAGGGAUCUGUGUGUGGCGAGGAGCGUUCUCCUCUGGCCUCUGCUCUUCGCCUUUUUGCCUUCAGCACCCUUGAUGUUCAUGGUUUACAUGGGUGGGGGUGGGGUGUAGAUACACGGGGAUGGGGUUUACAUCACACAGUUGGUUCUGAGGACAGAUGAUCCCCACAGACUGUGGGAGUGAUUGGCCAGGCCUUUUUUUUUGUUCUUUUUGUAGAGUAGAGUGGUAUCUAGGGAACAGAUGGCGCUGCAGAGCGCUUCCCGCUCGUAUGAGAGAGCAGGUGCCUGCCCUUGAGAGCGCUGGUGAACCACGUCAUCUGUUUGCACUGGGCAAGGAGCUGCACGAGGCGCUGCGUUGACUUGCCUUUGUCUUACGGUACACACAGCAAUAAAGAUUGGGUUCCGCCUGCCCGGCUCAACCCUCUGCCCCCUGUGUUAGUUUUACAGUGCGGGGAAGGAAACCCAUGGCUGAUGUGCUAGGCAAGAGCUCUGCCACUGAGUCACGGGUCCAGCCCCCUCUCCCCUCAUCCUUCUGUUUCCACUCUGAAGGUCAGGGAUGCUGUCGCUGUGGUAGAGCCUUGGUGUCCUUGGAGGGACAGUGGUGUGUGUAGCAUGUGUCCUGGCUGAAGCCCUGCAUCCUCACAAUAGCCACAGGGCACCUUUUUAAGCCAAAGGCUGAUACUUGAUUUAAGAAGGAAAAUGCAGAUUUGGGGACAAAGAAAGGUCUUUUUACUGCUCAAGUCGGGUCACUUAUGUUCCCUUGCAAUCAUGUCCAAGUUUGUUAUUAGUGUGGACUCUUGUGGGCACUGUCAGUCAUUGUCCGCCCAGUCACAUACCGAGUGGGAAAUGUCACAGUCAGAGCCACACCACUGGACCACACAUUAGGUCAUUGCUUAAAGAAAAUGACAUUGAGAAUCAAGUGUGACCUUGGUGUACUUUGGCAGCUGAAAUUACUCCAUGCUACAGACGAGUGACCCUUAAGCCGACCUGCCCUUGACUGACUGCCCUGUGUGUGCAAGGUCUCUCUCCGCACAGGCUUUCUUUGGGGAGGGGGGAUUUGCAAAACUUUAAUUUUGCUAAAAUGGGGACUCCUGUCAUCGAGUUCCUUCCUCAGAGCGGCAGAGCACACACUGACUGUGCCUACCAUCGACGAGGCACUGACGCCACUGGCUUAGCCACCAUUACUGUCUUUGUUCUGAGCUUGCUCUUUGUUUUAAAGGUGCCAGGGGGACAUUUUUGCACUGAAGCCUAAAGAUGUUUUAAAAACACUUUUCACAGAAAUAGUCCUUGUCAUUACAUUGUUCACUCAUGUGUUUGUACAUUUUUGUAUGUUAAUUUAUGAAUGAUUUUUUCAGUAAAAAAUACAUAUUCAAUAACC